GAUUUGGGGAAGGAUCUUUCUGUGUUGUUGGGUGUUGUCAUUAUAGACAUGCCUGAACCAGCUAAGUCUGCUCCUGCCCCUAAAAAGGGCUCUAAAAAAGCUGUAGCCAAGGCCCAGAAGAAGGACGGCAAGAAGCGCAAGCGCAGCCGCAAGGAGAGCUACUCCGUGUACGUGUACAAGGUGCUGAAGCAAGUCCAUCCGGACACCAGCAUCUCGUCCAAGGCCAUGGGCAUCAUGAACUCCUUCGUCAACGACAUUUUCGAGCGCAUCGCUGGCGAGGCAUCACGCCUGGCGCAUUACAACAAGCGCUCGACUAUCACAUUCAGGGAAAUACAGACCGCCGUGCGCUUGCUGCUACCUGGGGAGCUGGCCAAGCACGCCGUGUCUGAGGGCACUAAGGCUGUCACCAAGUAUACCAGCUCCAGGUAAAUAUAAUAUACCUAGCCGCUGUUAACGGAGAAGGCAA